AUGAAACGCAAGAGGAAUUAUCAGCCCAUCUCAGCAAUCAGUGCAAUUGCGGCUCGAAAACGUGCACACCAGCAAGCUUCCACAUCUCAGCCUCAGGAUAGCGAAAAUGUCUCUUCAAAGGAUGCAUCGCAUAAACAAAAUAAAGCACGAAGUGGGAUUGAAGUCGUAAUCCGGACCCGAAAGGAGUCUGCGGUUGUAUCCCUACCAGCAGUUAUCCCCAACUCGCAAGCAUCAACGGCGAAUGAGCAGUCCGAUGAUGGCUCUAUUGCAGAAAACAACGUUGAAUCCGAUAGCGGGCACAGUCGAAGGAGUGACAAUGUUGAAAUACGCACCGGGGAGAACCAUGAGAAUUUUCGCCUGUCUAAAGGGGUUUUAACAAAGAAGGAUAUUAUCUCCAAAACGAAUAAUUCACUUUGCAUUCACUUAAGAGAAAAUACAGCGAUAACAAUACUGGGCCAGUACGAUUUAUGGGUUAAAAGAGGAGUCGUGAGCAUACUUGGUGCAAAACUACCGCCCUCGCCUCAGGUAUACCGAGUAUAUGCCCCGUCGACGCAUUCUCUUCCUGUGAUUAAGCCCAUAGGUGGUGACUCUGCUGAGGUGGAGAUAUCAUCCUGCCGCAGCGGCUUACCGCUUCUCCGGCGAGUUUCUGAUUUACAUCGACGGAUAUGGUGUUCGAGUGAUUCUAGCUCUGGCAAUAGUCUGACUCAAGGUGGGCUGAUGUCUUUUUCAAUUCUUCAUUCUUCAUCUGAUGAUCCUCUUAAACGACAUCUCCGACCUCUUCAUCUUGAUAGGCACUGGAGUCUUUCCAUUAAAGCACUAUCAAACCGUGGGUCAGGUCUGAGAGUAAUGACCUGCGGCCCAAAGGGGUCCGGAAAAUCAACAUUUAACAAAUAUCUCUUUAACCAUCUCCUAAGCGUAGCUCCAACGCGCAAUGGUGUGCGGCCUGUUCAUGACGGAGUUGCCUACCUGGAUUUAGACCCUGGACAACCAGAAUUCUCUCCGCCAGGGCAGGUCUAUCUAGCACAUAUUCGGAGACCGAUCCUAGGCCCGUCUUUCUCUCACCCUAAUUUACUAUCAGAAAACGAUGGGACUAUAAUGAGAGCGCAUCAUAUUGGUGCGACGUCGCCAAAGGAUGACCCGGAGCACUUCGAGCAGUGCGUGAUGGACUUGCUGCAUCGGUACGAGAUCCAUCUCCAAACCUAUCCCCGAUGCCCGCUGGUCAUAAAUUACCCUGGCUGGAUAUUUGGUCGUGGACUGGAAGUCGCGAUUUCACUUGUACAAUCACUUGGCCUUUCCGACUUAGUGUACAUGAGUGUACAGGGCCCUGAAGAAGUGAUCGAGCCUCUACAAGCUGCGGCGGCAGAAGUAUAUGUGCCGGUCACAACACUUCCUUCACAGCCGACGGAGUAUGCGACGAGAUCAAGUCACCAGUUACGAGCCAUGCAAAUGCUCUCGUACUUUCACAUGCAACCGAAUCCAAAAGAUUUGCCGAUUUGGUCUGACCUGCCAAUCUCGCAGCAUCGCAGCUUCAAUGUGAGCUACUCUGGAGAGCACCAAGGGAUCCAUGGCAUAAUGGUUGCUGGCUUCUACCAUGACCCAACCCAUCUUCCUAACCUUCUAGAAGGCUCCAUUGUCGGGGUCGUUGCUCUCGAGAGUCUGGAUAGUCUCUCGAGCCUAGGUCACUCAGGUCACCCAGGCCAUGUCACUGUUGCUACGGCGAACACGACGGAGGCUCCCGAUGGCACUUUGUCCGAGUCGGCCGCGAAUCAUUGCCGUCCCGACCAGGAUCUUGCAAUGAGCAACACGGACCCGCCAGCCGCAUCUUCUUCCAGCGAUCAGCCCAAAAACCCGACCCCCCACGACAACCUACCCUACCUCUUCGUCGGCAACGGAACCUGCAUUCUCCCCAACCCAAGCUCCUCCUACUGCCUAGGCCUCGCUCUCGUCCGCUCCAUCGACACCCAAUCACAAACAAUCCAGCUCACCACGCCCAUCGCGCCCAGGGCCCUCCGGAACGUGCUCGAGACCGGCCACCACAUCGUGCUGGUCCGCGGCACGCUGGACAACCCGAACUGGGCGCUGAGCGAGGAAUACUUUGCCGCGAAGACGGCGCUGAGAGCGCAUCGACGGCAAAAACCGCGCUUCAGGACCGAUCUGGACGACAUGCAGGCGCGGAUCGCGUAUGCGGAGAAGAGCAGACGGCUGGCGGAGCGGGUGCGGAGAGCGGCGGAGGGUGUGCCGUGGGUGAAAACGGGGCGGCGUGGAGAGCAGCAGCAGCAGCGGAAGGAAGUGCGGAGGGACGGAGGCGCGGCUUUGUGGAAGUUGAAGAAGUUUGCGCCGGCCGUUGAGUCGGAUAGGGAGAGCGAGUGA